CGUGGUGAGAAAAAUACGAGGAGUCUGGCAAGCAAAGAAUGGCAAGCAGAUGUCCCUGGAAAAGCGGUUUAGAUAAAUAUAGUAAACAGUGAAUGUGCAAAAGCUUAAAUUCAUUUAAAACCUUAACAAAAUCUGCAGAGUUUUUUGAUAAAAACAUGACACCAAGUGGCUAAUUACCAGGUCAGCCAAUUGUGUCUGUUUUUUAUCGAUUUGUGUAUCACCCUGGUUGUUGGAUUUGCACCCUGUUUUGCGAGAACCACAGGCAAAACAACAGAGCACCCACGCCAAUUUGGUGGCCAAUCUGGAAAACAAUGCCAAGGUCCCAUUAUUGUUGGGGCAUCUAAGCAGCGGCAGUAAUUAAAAAGUGAUUUGCCAUUGGAAAUUGGAAAGAGAACAACAGCAGAAUACCAUGGAUGUGGGCGGGCAGGAAACCACCUAUGAACCCCUGGACGGACGUGGCUCAGGACGUUCGAGGAGCUCCCAUUCCACGUCCGGUUCCGGACUGAGGCAUCCUGGCAGCAUGGACAGUCCCGAGUUCGAUACUCGAGCACCCAAGGAUCAGCGGCACUCCGUCUACCUGGCGCUCUUGGCAGCCGGCAUUGGAUUUGUUUUGCCCUACAAUAGCUUCAUUAUUGCGGCGGACUACUGGCAGGCUCGUUUCCCGGGUCGUCCGGUGGCCCUCGACAUGUCGAUGACGUACAUCUUCGUGGCCUUCGCCACCGUGCUGAUGAACAACAUAGUGCUAUCGGUGGCGCCGUUCCAGUCGCGUGUGCUCUUCGGCUACAUGAUCUCCUUCACCACGCUGAUCUUCGUGGCCGUCUGCGAGGUGGCCUGGCACAUGUUCGCCACCAACACCGCCUACCUGGUGAACAUGUCGGCGGUGGCACUGACCGCCAUCGGAUGCACCGUGCAGCAGUCGAGCUUCUACGGAUUCGCCUCCAUGCUGCCCAAGCAGUACACCCAGGCGGUGAUGGCCGGCGAGAGCAUCGCCGGCUUCCUGGUGUCUUCCAACCGCGUCGUCACCAAGCUGCUGAUCAACAACGAUCGUGUGUCCACGGUCAUCUUCUUUCUGACCUCCACGCUCUACAUUCUCUUCAGCUAUCUGCUGCACGUGGCCACCAUCAACUCGCCGUUCGUGCGGUUCCAUGUGGAGGCCUGCUCCAAGAUCGUUCUGCGACCAGACGAGCAGGAGAUUGACGGACUUCCCAGUAGUACUCGAUACGGGGUUCUCUCGAUGGACGGCACCCACACCACGACCACUUCGGUGGGUCCUCCAGGCACCGGGAACACUCUCAGCUUCAGCAAUCCCGUCUACGAGCUGUCCAAUCCGACGGCCGGCGAGAGCAGCAUCGAGGCCUUGGGCCAAUUGCCAGAACUUCCGGCCACGCCCCCUGCCCAGGAACCCACAACGCCCACGACGGUGGCCUUUAAGGUGGAGCACGUGAUCACGCCCCGUCGCUGCCGACCGAGCAAGUUGGGCGACAUCCGCGAGGGAUUCGUGACCCGGUGGCGGGUGGCCCAGGUGAUCUAUCCGCACAUGGUGUGCAUCGCCCUCGCCUACUGCGUGACCCUCUCCCUGUAUCCGGGCAUCGAGGUGGAGGUGCAGUCCUGCGCUCUCCGCUCCUGGAUGCCGGUGCUCCUCAUGUUCUGCUUUAAUACGUCGGACGUGGUGGGCAAGAUUCUGGCCGCCAGUCCGUAUCCCUGGUCCCGUCGCCAACUGAUCCUGCUCUCCGGCCUGCGGAUUGUCCUCGUACCGCUCCUGCUGCUCUGCUGUGCGCCGCGCCAGCGACCCGUAAUCUCCGGCGAAACGGCGCCGUUCGUCUUCACCAUCGCCUUGGGGAUCACCAACGGGCUGGCCGGCAGCUUGCCCAUGAUGCUGGCACCGGCGAAGGUGCCGGGAACCCUCAAGGAGGUCACGGGCAACAUAAUGACACUGUCGUACAAUGUCGGGUUGACGGUGGGCUCCCUCAUCGGUUACGUUUUCGAGAGCAUGCUGGGGCCGCAGCUGGUGAAUCCCUGUCCCACAUAUCCCUAUGUGCCCGCUUCGAUGCUGGAGCAGUUCCAUGGCCACGGACAUGGACACGGCCACCUGCCGCACCCGCUGCCCCUGACCAGCACCAGUACGAUGAGCCCGCCCACCACUGGGGCCACCACACUGGCACCGCUUCUGCUCAACACGACGCUGGCAUCGCUGGGUCUGUCCACCUCGAGCACCAGUUCCAGCUCCUCCACCACCACCAGUACCGCCAGUCCGGCCCUGGCCACCGUGAUCACCAGCACGGCAUUGGCGCUCUACAGUACGGUGGCUGCGGGCAGUGCCGAGGUCAUCAAUGCCACCAUCUCAUCGAUCCUUUCGACGGUGACCAGUUCGGUUGGCGACAUUAGCGACGAGUUGACCACGGAUCCCCAAACGCCGGACGCACUGGUCGACAAUAUCUAAGGGGGAUAAAGGGUGAUUUAAUAUGGAAAUCGGGAAAGAAUAGCCAUUUCAACAUUCUACACAAGCCAUAUCUACACAAAAAUAAUUCUACACAAGUUUAUUGCUAAUUACUGAUAUUUAAAGAUUGUAUAGAUUGUUUCUAGGUAAUCCCAGUGAUUUAUUUUUGCGUUUGCAUUAAUAACAGAAUAACUUUAUAUACCUUAAAAAUAUUUCAAAGAAUCAGACGAAUUUGAUCAUUCGAAAAGAAUUUUUUAUCCCUUUUUUAAAGCUUUCUGUAAUGGCUAGUAUAAUACCUAAGAUGUAAAAUUUUCCAAAUAUACAUUUCAAGCUCAAUAUGUAAAUGUGUGAACGAAGAUUCCAGUUAAUAGCAAGCGCAAACUUCUAACUUUAGUCAAUAAUACUCCUGUAUGUAUUAUAUACUAUACAUAUAUCUAUAACUAUAAAGUGUCUAGGGUAUUUGUGCUUUCGGUUUGAUUUCAGCUCUUCUAUAGACUGAAGUCCAGGACCCAUAUAAUAAUCUCGAAAUAUACUCCAAGUGCUAUGGAUUUCAAAUUGCAAACCUGUUGACCUAGAAUUAAAUAUGUAUGCUUAAGUGUGAGUGGAUGUGCAAGCCAAGUGAUUGAAAAACAUGCCUGGUUAUUUUUGUAAGAGUGAGAAAUGGAUAAUUGCAAAUGCAGGCAACAUAAUGUUAAAUUCAAAGCCAUAUUAUGUUUAAAUUAGGAAGCACAUCCCUGAAAAACGUUAUAUAUCAUUUCGAUUUCAUUUUGUUUUAAGUUUUCAAGUUAAGUCCUUGUUGUAAAAAUUAAUUAGUUUGAGUAUCGGGUACUGUAAGUGUUGUAAGCAUUGUAAGCCACAAAAAGAAGUGCAAAGUCUUGCCUUAACCUAAUUGGUUGCUUUUAAAUAUUUUCUUUGCCUUUGAUUAGAACGGCAAAAAAGAAACGACAACAGAACCUGCAAGAAAAAGUAAAUAAAUGUUAAUAUAGAGAUAUUUAAAUAUUUUA